AUGGUUACUCCACAGAAGUCACGUGUGAAAACUGGUGAGACCGUGCAAUUCACUUGCAUCGCUAGCGGCUCCCCGUCACCAGACCUAACAUGGCGGAAAGUUAACGGAUCGCUUCCAGUCAGCAGUACAGUGCAAAGAGGAGUUCUAAAGAUUGCCAAUGUGACUCAAAAGGAUGCUGGGAGUUACAAUUGUGAAGCCAAAAAUGUUGAAGGAUCGGCUAAUAGAAGUGGAAUUUUAGAAAUUAAAGGUAAGGUAUCAGAGGGUCGGCUCUUUGGAAGUAAUUUUACUUUAACCUCCCUCCUUGUUUCAUGUCUUGAUUUUGACGAAUUUUGGAGCAAAAAUUUUACAGUGCCUUUCCUCCCAUACAUUUUUCCUGAUGCAAUUCCAGCGCGAAAAGCUACGAAUGUUCUUGCGGUCAUGAUGAGGGUUAGUUUGGGGAGUUUCUGCUAAGCACACUUCGCGUCAAUGACAAGAAGGAACCUUUGUUAUGAUAUUUACUCUAACCAUAACUUAGUAAUGGUCACCAACCAUUUGUAUCUCUACCUUUUCUAUAUCUCUUCUUAGUGACCGUUCCACGAUUUACACAGGAACCUCUGUCCUACCUCAGUGUACAGACAUUAACAGACGAGCCACUUAAUUUCACGGUUGAAAUUGUGUUCAUACCGGAGAUGGCGGAUGGGCUGAUUCUGUACAACGAUCAGCUAACAAAUGGCUCUGUUGGAGACUUCAUUUCAUUUGGAAUGUCAGACAGAUUUGCUGAAUUUAGGUAAUGAGGUUGUAUUCACAAACAGGGACGAAGAGCAUUCUUCUUGAUCCCCGCCAGUAGUCCUGUGAGGCUUAGCUCUAGCAGGAGUCUGCCCUCGCAAGCUAUUUUUUCCAUAAAGCCUUUGGUUACUCACAAAUCUUUUUUCGAGGUCAUUUGAAAACUAAUGCAAAAAUAGGACCUGAACUUAUUUUGUUACUGUAAAACCCUGAAACAGCAAGGUAACCAAACUAUCGUAUUACUAACCAAGUCUAUCAUAUUCCAUCUUGGCUGCAGUCAUAUUGCACACAUUUAGCCAAGCCUUAAAACGAAGCUUCCAUUUAAUACAACACUUUAAGUUCCGGUUUGGAACUUAAACUUCAUGCACUCUGACUGUUCCAUUGACUUAUUCCAAGAACUGCAUCACGUCAUAUGUAACAACAUACUUAGCACGAACACACCAUUAUAAGAUGAGGUAGUUUACUUGUAGAUUGUGUUGGUUGGACUUAUAAUCCUAUGGUCAAUUAUUACAAGUGUAAUAUAAACGUGUAGCCAUUUUCCGUGAGCACAGAUUGAAGAAAAAAGACUCCGCUUCAGCGCAAGCUUCCCACAUAUACUCUGGGCUCCGUUGUCCCAGUCUAACAAAGUAUACUCGAAUAUCUCCUCCCUGGUAAAGCUGAGCCGGCACAUUAGAGAGUAUAUUACGAUGUUUUUUUUUUUUUAAAUGGGCUAUAUCCACGUUGUAGUGGCUGUGCAUGUCGUCUUGAUUUUAACCUAACUGUGAUGCACAUGUUAUAAUCCAGUUUUAUUCUUGAUUGAUAUUUUUUUCUUUUUUGGGGGGGUAUGGUAACGUAAGAAAAGAGUCUGAAACAAACUAAAUUAAAUAUAAACCAUGGUCAAAAUUGAGGAGAACUUAUCCGUAUUUAGAUUCAACCUUGGUUUUGAGCCUGCAAUCAUUCGAAGCCAACAACCAUUGAGACUGUAUGAGUGGCACAGAAUCGUCUUAUCACGUAACAGGAAGGAAGGCAAUCUCACCGUAGAUGGGGAGCCACCUGUAACAGGAAUUUCUAAGGGGAGUAGUACAGGUCUGAAUUUGAAUCAGGAUUUGCACGUGGGAGGAGUCCUUGACUUCUCAUCAAUAAGCUCUUUGGCGGGAUUCAAGUCAGGAUUUAUUGGCUGUUUAAGCUACUUGGCUAUCGACGGAAAAGUUGUAAAUUUUGGUAAGAAUAUAAUUGUUUCUUUUACAUUCCAUUACAAAAAUGGUUGGUAUCUAAAAUAGGGACCUGAAAAACAGAAAAAAAAGGUACAUGUAUUGUCUCCUUUGAUUAUUUUGAGAAAUUUUCGUAGGGACAAAACGAAUGGUAGUUGGAUAAAGGUUUUCAAAAUUCAAAUUUCUGGAAACUAGUUUUCGAGGAGAUUUGACAGAGGCACCCAACGGGGAAUUUGAAAAAAAGACGUUAAAAACAACAACAAAGCAUAAUUAAAGCUUUCUGAAGCCAUUCUAAGCAUUUUGGGAGAUCGCUUGGAAAAAAUUAUCUGUUCCUCACUCCCAGUAAGACUGAUGGAAGAGUUCCCAGCCAGCAAAGUGCACCUAAAACCUGCAACCUGACGUCCAUAGGCAGUUUGGGAGUGGCCUAUGGGAGACAUUCACCCAUUCAAUGAGGAAGGAGAGAUAAACAAAUAGAAUAUACAAGCUAUUGUAUACACCAAAUCCCCUCUGACACCCUGAAUUGUGUAUUGCCCAGCAACACUUUCCUUCCAAGCACAUAUUAAUUUUUCCAAAUUUCCGAGCCAGCAAAACUUGGCCUGAGGAACAGAUAUUUUAGGGAACAGAUCCAUUGGGUGCCCCUGAUUUGAAUUUUGUUCAGGAGUCGAAGAAACGAACAGAGUGUCCGAGGGGAGAGUAAGGGUGCUUUCUUGACAAGGGGAAAACAAUUCAUACAAAUUCUUCAAUUCGGUUUUACCAGCUGAGUUGAUGAACACAUCUUGAAAGUCUGCUUUUGAUUUCUGUUCUGGAGGUAAAUUGUCUUUAGCAACUGAUUGGACCAAAACCACUAUUUCUUUGUGUUACCGACGCAACAGUAAAGUUCUGGAAACUAACCCUUUUAUUUGAACUCUUUGAACUGUCUAUACGCUAAUUUUUUUAUGCAUAACCAUUACAAACGCGUUCCAAAAGUGGAAAUGAUUCACCAUGGUCUAAUUGACAUUAGUAGAUUGAGUCAUGUCUAUAGAACAUGAGCAUGUUUCUUUCUGUUUCUUCGACUUCUAAAGGAGCCAGCUGUUAUUGAAAGUGUAUGCGCUUGUCAAGGGCAGUAUUGACGAACUUGAAUGAGAAUAGGGCCUGUUUCACGAGGAAGCUAUUUUUGUAGCCUUUCGGUGUAGCUUAAUUACCUAAUUUUAUGAUUAGAUUUUAUCUUCUUCCUUCUCUUGCCAAAACACAAUACUUAAAUGGAUUUUGUCACAAGGAUAUUAUUGUUUUAUGUCAACUCUGUGCUGAUGUCAUUACUGAAGGUCUUUACCCAUACACAAAAUGCUUCUGUAAAAUAAUGAAGAAGAGUUCAAAGAAAUUUCAUCAGGGAACACUAACCAUGAUGAUUUGUUACAUGAUUUGAAAAAAAAAAUGGAAAACUAUUUUUGGAAUUCAAUUGAUACGAAGACACUUUAUAGCUUUUUAAAAAUAGAAAAUAGCGUGACAUAACCCUUUGAAUACCUCUUUAAACAAAUUUCAGGUGAUCCUAUUAAAAGCGUGGGUUUGGAUGAUUGUGAAGUCUGUCAAACAAGGCCUUGCAAGAACGGCGGCACGUGCACAGAGGUCGCUGGAGACUGGGGAUUUAUUUGUACUUGCAGGCCUGGUUACUCGGGAAGGACCUGUGAUGACGCUGGUAACAAGUGUUCACCUGGCGUUUGCAAUGAGGGGCGUUGUGAAAAUAUCGGCAAUGAUGGUUUUAGAUGCAUCUGUCCUGCUGGUUACUCUGGGGAGAGGUGUGAGGAAGGUUUGUUGUUGACCAAAGGCCCCUGAGUCCUUUACGAUCUGAUGUCAAAACAUGAGCUUUGGUAUAAUUCCAUUUUUUUUCCUGUUUGAAUAGGAUGCAUUAAAUACUUUUUAACUGGUUUGCAUCAGUUGGUAUGGGCGAAAGACCUUAAUAUAUUGUUUGAUUCACUGGACAAAAUAAAAUGGAUUUUCACCCCCCCACCCCCCCCCCUGUUUUUUGGCCCCAUAUUUACUCCUCCAGUUUUCACAAAUUUGCUAUGUAUUUGCAAGGAUCAUGUUGGUGCAAAUUCAUUUUUUUGCCCAGUGAUUUAUAUGUUAAAAGUGCCGGAUCGAGGGAGGAGGGAGCUCGGGAUGAUAGCUUGCCAGGGCCUCAUUUUAAGGUCAUUUUCGAUGGUGCCCCCUCCCUCUUUGAAGGGUUUGAAUAAGCAGCGCCCCCAAUUACUUGAAGGUCUGGUUAUAUAGUCGCUGCUACUUGAAAUACCAGACCGAAGAAUGUCGCUAUAAAACGCCUCUGUCACUUGAACAGCCCCAGGGUGAGGUGUAUGGUAGAAAUCAAGUGAAGGGUACUUCGUUAAAGAAACGUCUCUUAGACUUCUGGUGGUGUUUUUGGUUUUUUAUGUCAUUUGGUGUACUAAAAAGGAAACUUAUUACGGUAUUCAUCCUGUAGGAAGGCCAAUAGACACUCCUAUGUUCGAGGGCGACUCAUACAUGUCAUUACCAGGAAUCGAAGGCGCAGUUCUGCAGCUAAGGUUCUCCAUCAGAUUCCUCGCACUUAAAUCAGGCAAUAUGCUUCUACUGUACAAUGGUCAGACGAUAUUCCCUGGUCGCGGUGACUUCAUUUCCCUUGCCAUUAACGGAGGGCGAGUUGAGUUCAGGUUCAAUAUGGGAAGUGGUACUGGUAUUUUUACGCAGCGCAAGAAACAUUUCCGUAGGAUUCUGGCACACUGUAAUAAUAGAAAGACAACUGAGAGACAGCUUGCUGGUUCUGGAUGA